AUAUGCUUCUGGCUUUGUCGAUGACAAAGAUGAACUGUAAUCUGUAUAUAUAUAUAUAUUAUAUUAGAUUUUUUACAUCUAAGUAAGAAAUAGGCAUAUUUAAUCAAGAUUUAGGAGAAAAGACAGCGAAUCUAUCAUCUUCGAGACAAGUUAUUAUUAAAAAUCAACGUUUACGAAAUUGGUUAGAAAACGAUCGAACGAUACGCGCCCAAUUGUUGGACGCAAGACACGUAGAAACGUCAAAGUGCGUUAGAGUGAAUCGCUUUCGGUGCACAGCUGAUUUUGUAUAUGUUAUUCACGCGUAUCUUCAUCGAGCAGAUUCUUAGUUCCGUUAAUAUUGUAUUCUGAUUAAACGAUGGAUAAUGCAAAUGACAAGUCGGAAAGACUUCAGUCUACGAAGAAGUCUAACGAAGAAGUCAUCGAGGAGCUUACCCGAGGUCUAGAAAAUUCUUGCAUUAAAAUGGACGAGAAUACAAAGUCAAAAAACAUAGCGGGUGAUUCAUGGGAUAUCGCAGAUAAAGAACCCAACGAAUGUAAUGAUGAUAAUGCACAGAGUACAGAUCUUUCGGAGGAUACAAUCGAGGAUAUUCUUAAGGAUAGAGAUUUAUUACUUACGGAAGCUGAACAAGAGGCAAUGAAAUGUGAGGCGGAAAGUUUAAAACAGGCAGGAAAUGAUUUUUUCAAAAAUGGUGAAUACGUAUCAGCGAUAUCUCAAUAUUCACAAGCGUUGAGAAUUUGUCCUUUAGUAUAUAGCAAAGAAAGAUCUAUAUUGUACGCUAACAGAGCAGCGGCAAAAGCGAAAUGUCAGACAGAGAAGGAUUCAGCGAUAUCCGAUUGUACGAAAGCUAUUGAAUUAAAUUCCAGCUAUGUAAAGGCUUACAUCAGGAGAGCACAAUUGUAUGAGGAGACAGAUAAGUUAGAUGAAGCAUUAGAAGACUUUAAGAAAGUAUUAACAUUCGAUCCUAAUCACACAGAAGCUAAUCAUGCUGUGAGGAGGUUACCUCCAUUAAUUAAUGAAAGAAACGAAAAAUUAAAAACAGAAAUGUUGGGAAAGCUUAAAGAUCUGGGUAAUAUGGUGUUGAAACCCUUUGGCCUUUCCACAAAUAACUUUGAGCUGCAGCAGGAUCCCAACAGUGGUGGUUAUUCCGUAAAGUUUCAUCAGAACCCUAUGUAACAAGCUAGUUAUAUAUAUUUCUUAUUCAUAAGAAUUAUGGAUAAAAUGUUUUCUUUAUAUCCGUAAGAAUUAAGAUAUAUAUUUAUAUAUACUAUAAUCCUAUUAUGGAUCUCAUCCCUAAAAAAACCCGACAUAAUAAAAUAUAAACAUUAAUAAAAGAUUCAUGUGAUAUAUAAGACCAGAAUUAUCCAAAUUGAGAAAGGAGAGACAUUCCGUUAGAUUUAUAUAUUAAAACAUUCGAUAACAGUUUUUUAUUAUCCUAUAUAUCUCUAGUGAAAGACUAGUUGAAAUUUGAAAAAUUUGAAAGAUUUCUUUGUGUCAAGCUACCACAGAUAGCAUACAUUGUGAAUCAUAACAAUAGGAAAUUCUGCUAUAUUUGGCGUCGAUGUAUAAUUGGUAGACCGAAUAUAGCUAUGGUUCAAUAAUAAUACAAGCCUAUGUAUCGCCGAUAAUUUUAGCUAUAGUUCUAUCGAGGUUGAACGACUUUAUAAUCUAUCAGGGCAACGACUCCGGUAGAGAAUCGAUAAUCAAUAUCAAUCGAUAAAAUUCAUGAAACAAUGCAAUCACGUAAUUAAUUUCGGAAAUAAAAAAAAUUUCAAAGUAAAAAUAC